UCGUGAGUUACGGACAACCUGGGAGCUCAAUAUAUUUAAUAUCGUCUGGUACUGUUGCUGUUAUGGAUUCAACCGGCAGAGAGGUGGCGCAUUUGAGAGACGGCGCCUUCUUCGGUGAGACCUGUCUGCUCCGACCAGGAACGCUUCGUACCGCGACCAUCAUAGCUCUUGAGAUAACCGAGAUUUAUAAUGUGAGCAGCGCGGAGUUCCAGCGCCGCCUGCAGCCCUACCCGCACCUCAAGCGCCGCCUCGACGACGCCGCGCUGCGCCCGCGCCCCACACACUCACACAACGCUGCGCACACGCUGCUGCACUGACCACCAGCCGAUACCUCUAUCCGCUGUAGUGUAUGGACUGUACGGCGCGCUCGCGCAUGCGUGUUGUCAGUGUGAGUUCCAGCGCCGCCUGCAGCCCUACCCGCACCUCAAGCGCCGCCUCGACGACGCCGCGCUGCGCCCGCGCCCCACACACUCACACAACGCUGCGCACACGCUGCUGCACUGACCACCAGCCGAUACCUCUAUCCGCUGUAGUGUAUGGACUGUACGGCGCGCUCGCGCAUGCGUGUUGUCAGUGUGAGUUCCAGCGCCGCCUGCAGCCCUACCCGCACCUCAAGCGCCGCCUCGACGACGCCGCGCUGCGCCCGCGCCCCACACACUCACACAACGCUGCGCACACGCUGCUGCACUGACCACCAGCCGAUACCUCUAUCCGCUGUAGUGUAUGGACUGUACGGCGCGCUCGCGCAUGCGUGUUGUCAGUGUGAGUUCCAGCGCCGCCUGCAGCCCUACCCGCACCUCAAGCGCCGCCUCGACGACGCCGCGCUGCGCCCGCGC